GGCACCGGCCCGACGUGUAGCGCUGGCGGGUAAACUCAUCUGACACAACGCUGCCGACAGCGCCGCUAUUUUUCAGUGCUUUAUUCCAUAGGAAAGAAAAGCUUUACAAACAUCAGGGUCCCCGACCGCAGAGAGGAGCGAGCGUGGCCCACGCACCUCGGGGCCGAGAACCCGUCCUACGGAACGCUCCACCGCGGCCCAGCUUGGCCUCACCGCACGGCCACCACCUGCGGGGGCGUACGCCAUGACGCACGGAGUGACGCAGGGCGGCAGCCGCGCGGGAGCUGGGGCGGCCCCCGGGCAGGGGCGGGGCUCCGCUCAUGCCCUCCCCUUCAACCGCCCGCCUGCCGGCCUGGGGUCGCGUCUGCUCAUAGCCGCUAGUGCCGGUGCUGUUGUCGCCGCCUCGCCGGGCUCCCAGUGCCCCGAGGUGAGCCUGGGCCAGGCAUGGGCCUGAUCUUCGCCAAGCUGUGGAGUCUCUUUGGGAACCAAGAGCAUAAAGUAAUCAUAGUGGGGCUUGAUAAUGCUGGAAAGACGACCAUUCUUUACCAGUUCUUAAUGAAUGAAGUGGUUCAUACUUCUCCAACCAUAGGAAGCAAUGUAGAAGAAAUAGUGGUGAAAAACACCCAUUUCUUAAUGUGGGAUAUCGGAGGACAAGAAUCGCUACGGUCAUCAUGGAAUACCUAUUAUUCAAACACAGAGUUCAUCAUUCUUGUUGUUGACAGCAUUGACAGAGAGCGACUUUCUAUUACAAAAGAAGAACUUUAUAGAAUGCUGGCUCAUGAGGAUCUAAGGAAGGCUGCAGUUCUCAUCUUUGCAAACAAGCAGGACAUGAAGGGUUGCAUGACAGCUGCUGAGAUAUCUACAUACCUCACCCUUAGCUCCAUAAAGGAUCACCCAUGGCACAUUCAGUCUUGUUGUGCUUUGACAGGAGAAGGGUUAUGCCAAGGCUUGGAGUGGAUGACCUCCCGUAUUGGAGUGAGAUAGCUUUUUUUUUUUUUUCAAAGGAAGAGACUUCUAUUUAUCCUGUGAACAUGUACAUUUUUCUGUACUUCUGGCUGCUGAGCCAGUGACCAUGUUUAAUUUAUAUCAGCCAAUCUCCAAGCUGUACUUGAAUCAAGUGCAGCUGAACUGAAACACAAAGUAUUUUCUUAACAUUUUUUAAUACACUAAUCUUCAACUGGAUGGACAUAUGUGAAUCCGUUUUUAAACAUUUAAAUUCCUCUAUGUAUUCUAACUUUUUCAAUGAUAGCUUUUUAAAAUCUCUUUUGUCAUUGCCAAUGUUUCAUACUUCUCCUUUCUAAAAAGUUUCUAUAACUUACUAACAUAAAUCUAGAUAUUUUGUUUAAUAAUGGAAAAAAUAGCGAGUAGGUUGACUUUACUCUGGCAUAGUUUUUUGUCUCCAAAGAUAACCAUAUCUCCAGUUGGGCUUCUUGGAACAUCAGCGGAGAUCUAGCCAGCACAGUAGUUAAUAGUUAUUAAUGCAAAAUUUUAAAAGCUGAAUGAGUUAGUUAUAGUUAAUUUUAAGGUGGCUUUUAACUCGGUGUGUAAUUUAAUUUCUGCCUUAAAAGAAAUCUGUUAUUCUCAUUUUCUCUGAUAAGUAGUUCUAGGUUAUGAUUCUUUUUCUUUUACAUGAAAAUAGAUCUCUGCACAGUGAAUAACAAUUUUGUUAUUAAGUGUUGGUUUAUUCAUUUAGACCUUUUUAAAAAUAAACCUCUUAAUAAUUAUAUUUGGAAUCAUAGCAGUCAGUGUUAUGUGUAGACUUGCUGUAAUCUGUUAAAAUUUUAAAUACUGUACAUACGUGAGCCUUACCUUUUGGUGAGAGUGAUGUUUUCCAAAUGAAUGUAUAAUCAAAAGGGAAGCCAGACUUAGAAUGGAAUCGUGGUGCUGUAUCUGUAGACUUCACAAUGAAGAUAAUCUUGACCUUUAUGUAAACGUUUUCAGUUUUCAUUGCACAGAAAACACAUUGCCUUAUUUUUGUUCUUAUUCUUAUUUGCAGGAGUAGAGAACUAUAAAUUCUAUACUUUGUGAAGUUUAGGAACUGGAAGUUGAAAAAGUAGAGAGCUUCCAAUUAAAAAACAGGUGGCAAAAGGUUGGGCUUAAUAACUCUUAAUUCAACUUGAAGGUGAUAAAAUUAGAUCUGUAAAGAGAAUCUGAAAUAACAGAGUACACUAACUGAGUGCAUUAGAUACAAACAAAGCCCAAACCCAGAGGGGAGAAAAUGAGAAGAACAAAACUAGGCACUCAAUUACUAGUGGAAUCCCACUAGCAAUGAGAUACCUCAUCUACAUAAAUGCUUGGCGGGCUUCCAAAAGAGACAUUCUGUACUUGAGCAUGCCUGAACACUACUUAGAGCCUGGUCAUUAGAAAUGCUUUGCUAAUUGGCUGGAGUUCUUUAAUGAUGAAAUGGUUUUGAUAAAUCUGGUUUUGAUAAUUCAAGCACAAUACAUUUUUAAAUAAAGUUUUAAAUUUUGUAAAUUUUCAGUUUGGUUCCAUUUACUUUUGAGCAAAGCCUUAUGCAAUUUUAAAAAUACCAUCAAAUAUGUUGUGCUGAAAAGAGACUUUGAAUACAUGUGGAACUGGUGGUUGGUUGAACAAAGCUGUAUAUUAAUGCUGGCUAGCAAGAGUCACAUUCAGGAGAAAGACUAUGUUGACUGUCAAGUCAAAAUGCUCAGAAAACAAUGUAGACCAAAACUAUACUUUAAAAAAAAUAAAUAGAAGACAAGGUAAAAAUCUGAUGCUAAAGCUUCUUGCUGUGAAGUUCAUGCUAACAACUGUUCUAAUUCAUGAAAAUAAGUUUUGUUUUGUUCUUAAAUUAUAAAUGAAAAAAUAAAUAUACUGUGAAUGGG